UGGACCGUUUUGACCAGCGAUAGCGGGCGGCAGGGUGCAGCCGCUGUCUUCCAAAUAAAUGUCUACUUGUUAGGAUAUGAAACAGAAUUAAACCAAAAUAACACUCAAGCUAAGUAGCACCAAAAAGGUAUUCAUUAUGGGAGGGAAUGGCAGCACAGGGAGGAAAGUGUCAUUUGGAAUGGACGAAGAAGAGAAGGUCACGGUUAUUGAAGGAGUGAAGCUAUCAGAAGAUGUUCUCAGGCGAAUGAGAGACGCUGAGGGGUCUCUCAGCUCCAAGAAACCACCAACUCAGCAAAACAACAUAACAUCAGGUUUAAAAUCUCCUAGCCACUCUGCUACUGAACUCCAGGAGGAAAUUCGUAGAAACUUUGAGAAUCAACAAGCGCUGGUGCAGGAGCAGUUGGCCAGAAUCUCUCAGAGUGAUCAAGAGGCUGCUACCACGGUGGGAUUGGAGGAUUUAAGCCCUUCGCGCCUCAUGGAGAAAGGGAAGGCUUGGGAAGAACAUGAAAAAGCAAAGUUACUGCCUGCCGAUUUAGAUGCCUGGCUGUCAUCUCGCCUGCAAAAGCUGGGCUCAGUGGUCAUGUUAGGAGCAUUUCAUCCCAUCUUAAAGCCAACUAUCAGCCUUUCCAGCUCUUACUUCCACUACUACAUGCCAGAAAAUUGGAGAGAAAGGAACAAGAGUUGGCCAGCAUUUCCAGAUUCUACAAAGAACAACUUGAAAUACUGGAGAAAAAAAACCUUGACACUUACCAACAGACGGCUGAACAGUACAACCAGGCAGCCACAAAAGCAGAGACCAACAUCAGGCCCCGACCGACUGCAUCAGUUUGCACUGAGCUACAGGCCAGGGUGCUCCAGUGUUACAGAGAAAAUCCUCAGCAAACCCUGCAUUGCUCCAGUUUGGCCAAACAGUACAUGACCUGUGUCCAGCAAGCCAAGAAGAGCUCGCUGACCAAUCACGGAUGAGAAGCCCCGAGCAAGAAUGUAUGAAGAGCAGAAGUGGAAAAAGAAGGAGCAUGUCAAAUCCAUCCAAUUCUUGCCUCACUGUGCUUUCUGUUAGCCAUCCAUCUAUUUAUUUAUUUAGUUACCACCCCUGAAGAGCCUCCCUCUCUUUUUCUGUAUUUUUUUUUUUUUUGGGCUGGGAAACGUAUUAUCUUGAUUUGUCUCUCUGGACUGUAUGAUGCCUUGAUUUAUUGUCAAGUUGCACAGGCACGCCCCUGCCUUCUCAGAAAUAAAUUCAGGUGAUCCGGUGGCGAUGAGACUGUAA